AUGUCCACGGGUCCGCCUGGAACGGGUGUGCCCAAAGAAGAAGGGCCGCCUGUCGACGACAUCGGUUCCAACGCCCGACGUGCCUCUGGUGCCAGACGGUCGCGUCGCAAGAAGGAUGAGGACAAUGCUAAUUCCACCACCAACACCCCCGACACUCGGGCCAAGAAGAAGGAGGAUAAGGAAAAAGAAAAACCUGCCCGCGCCCCUCGUCGCCCCCGGGAGAAGUCGUCGGCCGCGGCCGCCUCACGGAAAAAGCCCAAGUUGGAGCAAUCGGGUGACGAAGCCCCCUCGGCGGCAGCUGGUGUUGCAACUGCUCCGGCGGCCCCUGCUGCUCCACCAGCAUCCACGCCAGCGCCAGCGCCAGCUGCAGCUGCACUCCCUCCAGCUCCUCCGGCCGAUCCCAGUCCUCCUCUCCCACCGGCCGCCCCAACUCCUCCUCCACCUGCCCCGACUCCUGCAUUCAGGCUAAGUCCACAUCCGCCCCCAGCGGACCCUCGGUAUACCGUCACACAAGACUACCCGUCACGGCCGCAAUCCCAACCUCCGCCACCACAGCCCGCCCAUACUCCGCCAGCACCAAUACCGCAAGCCGCCCCACGGACCAGUGGUCGCAACUUCGACCCCAUUCGCUCGGCCUUUGACAACCCAUCGCCAGCACCGGUCUAUAGCCCUCCAACACAGACAUCGCCGCGCAAUAAUUAUCGCGCCAGUGCAUCGCCCGCGAUCUCAAGUAUCAUUGAUCCGCCGUCUCACCAACAAUCUGUAUAUACACAGCUCCCGCGCUCCUCCUCCGGCCAUGUCUCGACCGUCUCUUCACCGGCACCGCCUCCGAUGGCGCCUACACCUACACACCCUGCCUUAGCUCCCUCGCCGAUGCUCGCAUCGUCUCCCUCACAUGGAACUGUGCACACCCCGCAACAGCUGCCGCAAUCAACCACCCCCUAUACUCCCUAUAGCGAGCAGCGUCUGCUUCAAUCCCAGCCGCCUCAGCUCGAGCUCUCCCCGCCGGCCCUGCAACAGCAACAGCCAUCAUACGCACAUGCGCAGGCCCAACAGCCUCCACGGCCUGCCGAUCCGCCAGCUCAGGCCUCGACACCGCAGCGCCCGCCCCAGCAGCCAGAGGCCAUGGACGUUGAUUCGAAGGAGCAAACUGCCUCAGCGAAGAAAGAAAAGGGCCCCGCGACGGCACCCUCCUCAAAAGCGCCCUCCCCCAAACCAGCCCGUGCAGCUAAGGAAGCCCCCAAGAUCCCCCAAGGAUCCGGCCUUAUCACCAACGCCCUCUUCGGCGGCAUCGACGAAUCAUCCAAGUCCGACGCACGCAGCACCCCAAAUAUAAUUGUUCACGUCCCUCUACAAAAGGGCAACCAGAUCGUCAACUUCGCCCAGCUCGCAGAAGAGCAAUACGGCUUCGCCGCCCUACACCCGCGCCUCGCCGCGCACAAAGAACGUCUUGCGCGCGUGGCCGCUGCAGGCGCAGCACUCGAGCGCAACGAUAAGAGUCUGAAGGGCGUUUCGGCCGGCGAAAGCGCAGAUGAGGAUCUGAGCCUGGACGUCGAUCGCGACAGCGAUCUGGAUGGCGAUGUCGCCAUGGGUGGGGCAGGCACCGGCACCAACGGCAUGCAGUCCGAGGCCAGCGAGGGCAAGAAAAAGCGCCGCAAGAAGGUGGAGGAGUAUGAUCGCGAUGACCCCUUCGUGGAUGACACCGAGCUGGCGUGGCAAGAACAGGCCGCCGCGAGCAAAGAUGGCUUCUUUGUGUAUAGCGGCCCACUCGUGCCGGAGGGCGAGAAGGUCCAGGUAGAACGCGCCGAUGGCACCAUUAAACGCGGCCGCGGCCGCGGCCGAGGAACCGGCCGAGCCCGCUCUCUCGCCUCGCAUCCACACGUCCCCAUCGCCGCCGCUGUGCCCAUCUCCCAGGACACUGGCCUACCCCUCCGCGGCCCGGGCUCGCGAGGCGGGACCUCGCGCCGCGCGCGAACAACCAAGAAAGCCGAGGCUACCGACAAGCACGCCGACCGUGCCAGCACGACUGGCCCCUCAUCGCACGAGGGCCGUGGCGGGCGCGCUGGUGGUGCGGCGGGGUCGAGCCGUGGGGGCGCGGCCAGCUCGCGUGGCGGCAAGAGCUCUAUUAUGUCGGUGAUGGAUAUUGCACCUGCGCCUGCGCCUGCGCCGGGCAACGCGGAUAGCCCUGCACCUGCGCCGGGCCCAAGUCCGCCUACCGGGCCGGAGCUGGCUAUGAAAUGA